AUGCUUGAGUCAGGAGAUUACGGCGAAAAAAGAGGAACGGACAUUCUUGCGAUUGAUAUUGGAACGACAGCAAUUAAGGCUUGCCUGUACGAUUCGCAUUGCCGGCUCGUUAGCUAUUCCAGAGAACCAAUUGUUGUCCAGUUUAAUGGUGCUAUUGAAGAUGGUCUUCGUGCAGAGAUUGAUCCUGAUAUUCUUUGGAACCAGUUGAUUACACUGGUUUCUGAACUACUGGAUAAGACCAAACGUGAUGCACGAGCAAUAAUCGGUAUGGGAAUUAGCUGCCAAAGGAAUACAUUUAUUUGUUGGAAUAAAGAAAACGGGGAACCGUGUCAUCGACUAGUUACUUGGAAAGAUUGUCGUGCGCGGGAAGAAUGUAAGAAGUGGAACAAUUCGUGGUCUUUAAAAGCGAUAAAUUUCAUUGGUUAUGUUUUAUACCAACUAACGCGUUCUACGCGAUAUAUGGCUGCUCGAAUAUUCUCCUUUUUAAAUGCGAUGGUGACUCAUCGUUUUUUAGUCACUCUUGCUGAAAAUGAAGAAAUGCAACGAUUGCUUAAAGAAGGAAAACUCGCCUUCGGUUGUCUCGAUACUUGGUUGAUAUACAAGCUUUCUGGUGGCGUCGUUUGUGUUAGCGAACCUUCUAACGCAAGUAGCACAGGAUUGUUCGAUCCUUAUACGAUGGAGUGGGGCUACAGCUUAUUGCAAUUCUUUUCCUUUCCUACAUCAGUUCUUCCACGUCUCACAUUUUCUGCCGGAGUGAGGCUUGCUGUUACCGAUAAAAAAUUAUUUGGUACUUCGAUUAUUGUGGCUGCUGCCGCAGGUGAUCAACAAAGUGCUCUUUUCGCUUGUGGUUGUUGGAUGGAAAAUAGUGUUGUAGUUUCGCUUGGUACUGGAUCCUUUGUGGACGUCAAUACUGGCUCAUCACCUCAUUCUUCUCUUAAAGGUUUGUACCCUUUGGUUGGAUGGAAAUUUCCAAAUUCAUUGAAAUUUAUUGCGGAAGGAUGUUCUCAAGAUACUGCGAUAAUUCUGCGCUGGGCAGAAUCGAUUGGUUUAUUUGAAGAUAUCGCAGUUACUUCAGAAAUGGCUCAAAGUUGCUCGAUUUCUGGCCUAUACUUCAUUCCGGCAUUCUUUGGUAUUCAAACCCCGCUAAAUGAUGAUACUGCAUGUUGUGGUUUCUUGGGCAUUCGUCCAGAUACUACUAAGGAGCAAAUGGUUCGUGCAAUGCUUGAGUCUGUUGCAUUUCGAAUCUAUCAGAUAUGGAGAACGGUUAUCGACGAAAUUGGCACUUGCUCUGUAGGGUUUGUUAGAUGUUGUGGUGGUGUGUCAGUGAAUGACUUCAUUUGCCAGACAAUUAGUACUCUGUUCAGACUCCCGUUACAAAGAAUCAGUAGUCCAAGUUUUGCUUCCGCAUGUGGUAUUGCUAUGAUGGCAGGAAUCACCUGUGGUUUGUGGAAGGAGGAUGAUUUGGAUAAUCUAAUCAAUAUUGAAAAGGUCUUUGUUCCGGAGCUGUCUAUCCGCAAAAAAUUACUGCAAGAUUUUAAAAAGUGGGAAGUAGCCAUGCAGAGAUGUCUCCAUUUCUACAAUACUUAA